GCGCGCGCGCGUCCACCGGCGAACUGACGGCGAUGGCAUGCGGCUCCCCGAGCCGCACCGGAGCUCUUCAAGCGGACCCGCACAGCAAAUAGGGAGGGGGGCCAGCAGCCAUGCGGCUCCUUAAGAACCGGAGGUUGCGUUUAUUUAAACAGCCGUCUUUCUGCUGAAGAGGAGGCGGAUCUGGAGCUCCUACUGUACGUGGAAGUAGGGAACUAUUAACUCGCGGAGCCGGACGUGGGGAUUUUACACUCGAUUCCACGGAUCGGACGUUUUUUUUUGUUUGUUUUUUUUUAGGGGGGCGAGGGGGGCCGGUUUGAAGGUUUGGGAUUCCAACACAUAAACUGCCCCCCGCGCCCCUGCUGUGCACGAUUAGAUGCAUGAUUUAGUUGACAGCUGAGAGGCACAGGGAGCCUCACGUCGCGAGCCCCUCUUCAAGUACCUGUGGAGGCUAUUAGUUUGACGCACGGGACGUUUUUGAACCCCGAUGUUUGCGUUUACGUGCGAAUAUCUUCCAAAAGACUGAUUCUAGCCCAUGAUCCCAAAGCUUUAGUGUCGGAUCCUCUACCACCCACACGUCCAGGAUGUGCAACAUCGCGGUGCUGAUCGUGUUGCUGCGUGGACUCGUCAUCUCUGCGGUACAGGGUUCCAACUCGGCGGACACUGGAGAUGGAGCCACCCCAGACCCUUGCCUCAUGGUCAUCCCUCCGUGUGUGAGCGAUGCGGACCGCUUCAGCCUGGUGGCCUUGCGCCACAUUCAUAAAGAGCUGGACGACGACAAAGACGGCGGCAUUGAAGUGAACGAGAGCGUGGAGUUUAUAAUAGAAGACAUGAAGCAGCAUCAGACCAACAAGCACAGCAACCUGCACCGCGAGGACCAGCAUAUCACCGUGGAGGAGCUAUGGAAGGGCUGGAAGACCUCAGAAGUUCACAACUGGACGGUGGAAGACACGGUGAAGUGGCUGAAGGAGUCGGUGGAGCUGCCCCAGUAUGAAAAGAACUUCCGGGAUUUCCGCGUCACUGGCAACACAUUGCCACGAAUCGCCGCAAAUGAGCCAUCUUUCCUGUCCAUGCAGCUCAAAGUAGCAGACCAGCGACACAAACAAAAACUCAACCUGAAGGCGCUCGACGCGGUCCUGUUUGGCCCGCCGAUGCGUCCUCAACACAACUGGAUGAAAGACUUUGUCCUUAUGAUCUCCAUCGUGAUCGGCGUUGGCGGCUGCUGGUUUGCUUACAUGCAGAACAAGUCCAGCAAGGUGCACAUCUCUCAGAUGAUGAAGGAUCUGGAUAGCCUUCAAAGGGCUGAGCAAAGCCUCCUCGACCUGCAGAGUCGUUUGGAAAAGGCUCAGGAAGAAAACCGGACAGUCAUCGUGGAGAAGCAGAAUCUGGAGCAGAAGAUGAGGGAUGAGAUCACCGGAGCCAAGAAUGAGGCCCACCGACUGAGAGACCUGCGAGAGGGCGCCGAAUGUGAGCUCAGUCGGCUCAAAUACGCGGAAGAAGAGCUUGUACAGGUACGAAAGGCCCUCAAGCGAGCAGAGAAGGAGAUGCACUCUGAGCGUUCGCUGCCGGAAGCUUUGCAAAAGUGGCUUCAACUCACGCACGAAGUGGAGGUUCAGUACUACAACAUCAAGAAGCAGAGUGCCGAGCUACAGCUCUGCGUUGCCAAAGACGAGGCAGAGAAAAUCAAAAAGAAGAGAGGUUCUGUGUUCGGAACUCUUCACGUCGCGCACAGUUCAUCGCUGGAUGAGGUGGACCACAAGAUACUUGAGGCCAAGAAGUCCUUGUCUGAAGUAACCGCGUGCUUGAGGGAGCGACUGCACCGCUGGCAGCAGAUCGAGAGGCUCUGCGGCUUUCCCGUGGUUAACAACUCUGGCCUUCCUAGUCUGACGGCUAGCCUCUACUCUGACCACAGCUGGGUCGUGAUGCCGCGCGUCUCCGUCCCGCCGUACCCCAUCGCCGGCGGCGUGGAUGACCUGGAUGAGGACACGCCCCCCAUUGUUCCACAAUUCACAACCACCAUGAUGCGGCAACCGCUGACUCGCAACAGCAGCUCGUGCCGCUCACGGCGGAGCCUCGUGAGUUCUCCGUCGUCCUCCACGAUGUCCCCAGAUCCGGACCUGCUGUCCAUGGCGGGAUCUUCCAUUUGCUAUCACCUCGAGGCAGAUGACGAACACCUCAUGUUCGGCUCUGAUAGAAGGGGGUAUGUAGUGGGAACGGAGAAAAGAGAACCUCUGUUCUCUGUAAAGAGCGUAGUUUCUAAUACUUUCAUGUCCCCCAGCGAACCCACCCAGGAUGGCAGCCCAAGCGGGGACACUUUAAACUCCUCGAUGGGUCGUAAACCGCCGCACUUGGUGAGCCUGGAUACCCCGUAUCGCAAGAUUUCCCGUGAGGAACUGCUACUGUUCAGCCAGAGCCAAGAGUUCCCCGUGUCCACCAGCAUCACUUGCAAUAGCAGGGACUCCACCCCACCUUCUUUGCCCCCUACACCUGCCACCACCCCGUCAGGCCCGCCGUCCACCUCGCCCUCCCCGGACCUCACCCGCAUCUCGCCGGAGACCAAGGCCGAAACACCUUCCGCGGGGAAGAGCGCAUACAACGGCGUUCUGGAGAAGUCUUACAGCUUCGGCACGCUGCCCGCCGGCAUGCUUCCUGCCGUUGGCCGUUACCCGUCCCUCACCUCCCUGGACUCGGAGGGCCGCAGUGUGGGGCGGGAGCACAAGCUCCUGAGUACCUCCUCCCAGGACUCCAGUGACAACGGAGAGAAAGUCAAGCGCUCCUCCUCCAAAAUUAAAAGCUUAUUUAAAAAGAAAAAAUAAAAACUUGCAGAGUGCAGUCGCGUGCGUGACAGGAACAAAAACAAGGACACCACCGGAAGCUUUUACAACCCCCAGCUCUUGAUCUACCAUAAACCACGGAAUGUAGCUCAGUCUGGUCGCCUUAUUUGUUCCACUAAUGCCUUUCCGAGGCCGUACGUCACGCCGCAACGGAAGCCGGUCAAUUUAUUUCCAAGCACAUGACUUUUGCGACAACGGCACACUCCUUGACAAAAAAGGGCGGAAUAUUUCCAUGGACACACACCCACACGAUUUAAGGAUUGGGCUGCUCCUGAGCACUUGAUUUUCUGUUAUGUCGUGAAAAACUAAACAAAAAGAUCCUGCUAAAAGGUUUGUUGCACUACUUCUUCAUAUGGAGUUGAUAUUCAUGAAAAGGUCACGUGACGCCACUUUAAUGUUGACACUCGUAUAUAUGUUUUCUCCCCGUUUUGUUUGAGUUCUUUUAGUCGGGGGAGAUCCUAAAGUUGUAAUCUUGCACUACUUGAUUCCCUUCCCUCCGUCCUAUAGUUUUCUGUUUCCUUCAGAUUUACAUUAACUCAUUGACUGCCAUUGACGGAUAUGGACGUCCUAUCCAAUUUGAUUGUGAAUGUAAAUCAGUUUGUCACAAGUAGACGUCCAAUCCAUUUGAAGCGGGAGGGUUGGCAGCGAAUGAACGAAUGCUACGUUUAGCACCGUCGAUAUACACAGUGUAUCACAAAAGUUGCAAAAACUUGCAUUUCUGCAGAUAUUUAUCUUUUCAUGGGACAACACUGAC